CUACCUGAGGCUCUCCCAGCCUCCCCUCACUCCCUCAGUCAUGUAGGAGCCGCGAGUUGGAGAGCACGCACUUUUUCGCGCUCCUCAUUUUGAAACCUCAAGGUGCUAACCUACUUAGUCACUAACAUUACUUAUGCUACGGUUAAGAGUAGAUUUCGCACACGGAGUCUUUUGUACUACAGUGACUCACCCGACAACCAGCAGCGACAGUCCUCCGCUCCAAGGGAUUGGAAUUAAGCCGAGACGCUUGUGUGACUGUGAUCAAGUGUAACAAGAUUUUUUGUCAGUGUUGUUACCGCAACAAACAACGAACCCUCCUGGACAACGGCAUUCUCUGGACACUGUGGACGGUAGCAGCCAGCACUCAGCCAGAACCACGCCGCCAAUGCGUCAAAAGUGCCAUAUUGUACAUCACUGGACUUCCCUAACCCAGGACAGACACACCCCGCCGACCCCGCUCUGACCUGCCAGCCUUGUGCCACACUGCCAAAUUAUCACCAACCCGACGCCCUCAGCCUCAAGUGACCGCGUAUCGAGUUUCCAAGCCGGUGGUCGUGCCCAGGCUAACCCGACCUGCUCUCGUCUCCGCAAACCAAGCCCACACACACACACACACACGCUCACUACAGCAACGGUGACCAGUGGAGGUGUAGUCUUCGCAGCCAGCCAGCCAGCAAGCAAGCAAGCACACGCACGCACACAGCAGCUUCGACGGCGUGACCUGUAGUGUGUACGUAGCCUCGUGAGGGCCUGACUGGGCUGGGAGUUAAAGGUGUGGUGGCAAGAGAAAGAGAGGGAGGAGGAGGAGGAGAGCGCCGCAGGGACAUGUGGUGUGUGCCCGGUAAAGGUAGUGAGCGGUGAGUCUGACAAGUGGUGGCGGUGGUGGUGGUGGUAACAUCAUGGCUGGCGUGAGCACCAUGUAUGCUCCCCCUCCUACUCAGACUCCAUCAGAAUGUGGCCCUUCGCCGGCGUCUUCAACUACAUCUCGGGUGACAAGGGCGGGACGGAAAAGGGCGUGAGUCCUCAGACUCCCACAGACGAGGCUGCUACACCCGCCACCGCGCCCGUCAGCCCGCCCACGGACGCCCUCACGCCCACGCCCGAUGCCACGAUGGGCGAGGAGGGAGAUUUUCUGAACGGCGCUAGCGUGUCGUGUUCGGUGUGUCAUAAGAAAUUUGCCAACAUCCAUCGCUUGCAGAGACACAUGAUUUCUCACCAGGAGUCUGAUGUUCUGCGGAGGUUUAAGUGCGAUGAGUGUGGCAAGGCGUUUAAGUUCAAGCAUCAUCUGAAGGAGCACAAGAGGAUCCACAGCGGGGAGAAACCAUUUGAGUGUGAGCACUGCGGGAAGAGGUUCUCCCACUCCGGCUCCUAUUUCCACAUGUCCUCCAAGAAGUGCCAGCUUGGCCGCGGCCGCACCAACGGACUGCUGCCGCGCUCGUCGCCGCAGUUCCCCGCGCACGGUACCAAGCGGCCCAUCCUUAAUGGCGCGUACCUGCCCAUCCUACCCAAGGACAAAUCGCCCCCCUCGUCAGCCGAGCUCGGCUACUCGUCUCCCACACCGCCCAUCUCGCGGGACCCCAUCCUCAUGUCGCCGCCUAACACCACCACCAGCCUGGGCAGCGGCGCCUUCCCCCCGGGGCUGCACCACAGCUUCGCUCCCUACCACCCGCUGAGUCACCUGAUCCUGGCGGCUCAGCUCCACCCACACCUGCUCUCUUUCACCACCCUGAGCCACUCGCUGAAGGCGCAGCAGGAGGCGCGCGGCGACAAGGACCACAGCGAGGACGCGCCUCAGGAAGACGUGGAUGAUGAUGACGGGAAGUUGGUUAUUAAGGAGGAGACGCGGGAAGACGAGGACGAGGAGAAGGACCACCAUCUCCAUCGUCACUCCCGCGAGGAGGAGGAGGAUGGCCGGCGGGAGGAGCGCGAGACCUCAGAGGGCGCGGAGAGCGAGCAAAUGUCCACCCUGCAGAAGAUCCUGGAGAACGUGAGCACCAGUGUGACGAGGCGCCAGUUUGAGGACACGGUGUCCGCCGCACAAGGCCCCGGCCUGUCCUCGGCAGCCAUCAGUGACGAUCACUCGUGCAAGCUGUGCAGCAGAACCUUCAGCAGCCAGCGGGAGGCGUAUCUUCAUGUGUGUCGCCAUUGCCCGCGGUUACCGGAGGUUGCCGACGCCUCGGAGCGUUACAAGGGCCAGCUCAUCGAGGGCCUCGCCGAGCGACUGCAUGAACUGGCCAGGAACCAGAAGACCACCCACCAGCACCCAAGCCUGCUGCCGCACUACCUGGCGCGGCCCCGCUGCGUGGACGAGGAUCGGGACGGGGACGCGAGUCACAUCGUGGAGGGCGAGGAGACUACGUGUGACGGCAAGAAGGUGCGCGUUCGAUCGCACAUCGGCGAGGAGCAGUUGGCGAUACUGCGAGCGCGCUACGCCUUCAACCCGAAGCCCAAGAAGGAGGAGCUGCAGGCGAUCGCUGAGAAUAUUAACUUCCCUGUGCGAGUGGUGCAGGUCUGGUUCCAGAACGCCCGCGCCCGGGACCGCCGCGAGGGCCGCUCCAUCACGCCCAUCCCCUCGCCCUACCCACAGAUCGGCUACCCGCCUCACGGCUACCCUGCCCCGGGUCCCGCCUGCGGCUACCCUUCACCCGGGUACACGCCGCCCGCCUCGCAGGUGCCCGGCAAGCCCCACAGCCUCCGCCCCUACCCGUCCCUGCUGUCGGCCCCCAGUCUGUUCUACCCGCUGCAGCACCCGCUCUCCCCAGCGCCUGCCGACGGCGCCGACGACCACGCCAACGACCAGCCCCUCGACCUGUCCACUAAAAAGUCGUCCCCGUCCGCGUCGCCUAAGCCAGCCUCCGUCUAUUCCGACUCCGACGCCGACUCCACCUCGCUGGCCAUCUCGUACAAGUCCGAGUCCCGCACUCCCACGCCCACCCCGACGCCCACACCCACCGCCCUCAACAACAACAUCGCGGAGACCAAGGAAAUCAGCGGGGGCGCCCUGGCGGUGGCCGACCUGCCGUCCAUGAUCUCCGAUCAGUGCAAACUCGCGCAGAUUCUCCACGGGGCCAAGUUUGGGCCGCUGUACCCCGACCACGCGGAGCACGGCGAGAAGAGACCCAGGCACUCUGGGACUUUGAACCAAAAGGACAGUGCCGUUAAGGGCGAUCUUGACACCCUGUCCUCUUAUCAGCAACCAGUCGUGAUGACGACAGUGGGGACGAGAGUCGUAAGCGGCGGUGACGAGGAGGGCGGUGUGUUUCAGUGCGACCAGUGUGACAAGUCCUUCAACAAGCAGUCGUCACUAGCCCGCCACAAAUACGAACAUUCAGGCCAACGUCCAUUCAGGUGUGAUCUCUGCUCCAAGGCUUUCAAGCAUAAGCACCACCUAGUAGAGCACAGUCGCCUGCACACGGGGGAGAAGCCCUACCAGUGCCACAAGUGUCUCAAGCGGUUCUCUCACUCGGGAUCGUACUCGCAACACAUGAACCACCGCUACUCCUACUGCAAGCCUUACCACCCGGACGGGCCCGCACCGCCCCCCCCGCUCUCCGAGUCUUCCACGCCCGUCCCCUCGCCCUCCGACAGUGGCGUGGGCGUGGUCACUACCGGCGGGGGCAGUGGUGAAGGCGGAGUUUCCGUUAUCGUCACCGCUACGGCCGCCACCACCACCACCGCCGCCGCAGACACCCUUCCCUCGGCGCCUCCCCCCGCCCGGCCCCUCCCCUCACCCCCGGCGGAGGAGGAGGAGCGUCCAGGCACCACCACCACCACCACCACCACCUCUUCCUCCACCUCUUCUUCGUCCUCGUCGUCGUCGUCGCCGCCAGUGCCACCCGCCCCUCAGGAGAGCCCCGAGCCCGUGCCCGUCAAGGAGGAGGUGCUGCUGUGAGGGACCAACCUAAGGCAACACUAACUAGAAAACAGAAAACGUAAUCAACAACGAACACUGAAAGGAUGAGUUCCUCUCCUCAGAUACACGAAAUCAAAAUAUAUUAGAUAUAUUAUAUAUACUAAAUAUAUAAAUAUAUAUAUACUUGAACGUACACAUACAGUGACUUGCAACGAAAAUACCUAUGAUCAAAACAAGAAGACUUCGUGUGAGCUAAAGACACAAGUUUCCAAUCUUCACUGUAUCUGGUACUUGACAUAUUGUGAAAGGAAAAGGAGCGUGCAUGCUUGGUGUGUGCAAUAUGUCAGGUGAUGUGCUACUUACAUUGCUAGGUUAACCUGGACAUACUAUGCAGUGUUUCUUUGUUAUUUAAAAAAGUGGAAUUACAGUUAUAUUUACUUUUGAAUAGGAUUAAUGUGAAUUCGCAUGUGCCAAACUUUUAAUCUCCACUUUUGGAAUCUCUAAAAGGAAGUUAAGGGGUGACCAGUCGCCUCUCGGGUCCUUCACCCCUCACCUCCAACUCAUUGCUCUCCUCUCUCUUUAUUACCUGUUAAUGAACCAUCUGCACAGCUGUAUCUCUCUCUCUCUCUCUCUCUCUCUCUCUCUCUCUCUCUCUCUCUCUCUCUCUCUCUCUCUCUCUCUCUCUCUCUCUCUCUCUCUCUCUCUCUCUCUCUCUCUCUCUCUCUCUCUCCCAGCCUCCCUUUUCCAGACUAUCAUUAUCUAUAUUGUAGUUCUGUAGUUAUGAUAGAUAGGCAUUGUAACCAAGGCGGGUUUUGGGCCUAGACACCCUGGCCAGUACCUGUCCAAUACUCAUGUUUUGUGCCCAGGUGUGUGCUGUGUGGAGGUGCAGUGUUGCCAUAGGAAGAAUAUGUCAUUGAUAUUUUUCUGUUUUUGAGAUGGAGAAAAUACUCACUCAGCCCUUGCUCUUAUUUUUACAUGUGCGAUCUUCAAUAAGCAUAAGAGGAAGCUCACUGUUUUAUUGUGUUCGGUAAAUUCCCAAGGGUCUGUCAUGCGUUCUUUUAUUAUUAUUAUUAUUAUUAUUAUUAUUAUUAUUAUUAU